AUGGGAGACAGGUUUGUGGUGAUCCCCGUGGACGGAGGACGGGGGGAGCGCCGGGACUCGGUGGCAGCUGACCCGGCAGCGGAGUCUGGGGGGGGGCAGGACUCUGACGCUGCGGUUCCCAUUCUGGAGUACGACCGGGAGCCUAAUAAGUACGGUGAUGGAGUGCCAAAGGAAAACAGUCCCUUCAUCAACAACACAGACCAUGACAAAGGCAACAGCUACGAUGGUACCAACAUGGCACUUUUCGAGGAGGAGAUGGACAGCAACCCCAUGGUGUCAUCACUUCUCAAUAAACUGGCAAACUACACAAACCUGACCCAGGGAGCCCAGGACCAUGAGGAUGCUGAUGAAGAUGAGAGUCCAAAGAAGAAAGCUGUUAAGAGUCCUCAGAUGGGGACCUUCAUGGGUGUGUACCUCCCAUGCCUUCAGAACAUUCUGGGGGUCAUCCUGUUUUUGCGGCUGACCUGGAUUGUUGGCACUGCUGGGAUCUUGGAGUCCCUGGCUAUCGUGGGCUUGUGCUGCUCAUGUACCAUGCUGACAGCAAUAUCUAUGAGUGCAAUUGCCACCAAUGGUGUGGUUCCUGCCGGAGGCUCGUACUAUAUGAUUUCCAGGUCUCUGGGUCCAGAGUUUGGUGGAGCAGUGGGUCUGUGUUUCUACUUGGGAACAACAUUUGCUGGUUCUAUGUACAUCCUGGGUACCAUCGAGAUUUUACUGACUUACAUCGUGCCUAAAGCAGCCAUAUUUGUGGCAGAGAAGAAGGAGGAUGAAGUCGAUGCCCUGCUGAACAACAUGCGUGUCUAUGGUACAUGCUGUCUGGCACUGAUGGCAGUAGUUGUCUUUGUCGGGGUGAAGUAUGUCAACAAACUAGCACUGGUGUUCCUGGCGUGUGUAAUACUCUCCAUAAUCGCCAUCUAUGCUGGAGUAAUCAAGACCAUCUUUGAGCCUCCAGAUUUUCCCGUUUGCAUGUUGGGAAAUCGCACUCUGAAGAACCAAAACUUCGACAAGUGCCUAAAGAUGGAUGUCAUAGAUAAUGUAACAGUCACUACCCAGCUGUGGGAGCUGUUCUGUAAGGGGCCUAAUUCCACCUGCAACGAGUAUUUUUUGAACAAUAAUGUGACUGAGGUCCAAGGCAUCCCCGGACUGGCAAGUGGAGUCAUUUCAGAAAACUUGUGGUCAAAGUACGGCCCCCUUGGCAUGUUGGUAGAAGACAAGAGGCUUCCAUCCGUUGGGGGCAGUGACCCUACCAAGGAUAUUUACAUGCCCUACGUCAUCAAUGAUAUCACCACCUUCUUCACACUUCUUGUCGGCAUCUACUUCCCCUCCGUCACUGGUAUCAUGGCUGGUUCCAACCGGUCUGGUGACUUGAGGGAUGCUCAGAAGUCAAUUCCCAUUGGGACCAUCCUGGCUAUUGCCACCACAUCUGUCAUCUAUAUCACCUGUGUGGUUCUCUUCGGUGCCUGUAUUGAAGGAGUCCUGCUUCGAGACAAAUAUGGGGACUCUGUGAAAGGAAAUCUUGUAAUAGGCACGCUAUCCUGGCCCUCACCCUGGGUUAUUGUGAUUGGCUCAUUCUUCUCCUGCUGUGGGGCGGGUCUGCAGAGUUUGACUGGAGCCCCCAGACUGCUGCAGGCUAUCGCACGGGAUGGCAUUGUCCCUUUCUUACAAGUGUUUGGUCAUGGAAAAGCUAAUGGAGAACCUACCUGGGCUCUGCUGCUGACUGCUGGGAUCUGUGAGAUUGGAAUCCUCAUUGCCUCCCUGGACGCUGUUGCUCCUAUCCUCUCUAUGUUUUUCCUCAUGUGUUACCUGUUUGUCAAUUUGGCCUGUGCUGUGCAGACCCUCCUGCGAACGCCUAACUGGAGACCCCGCUUCAAGUACUACCACUGGGCUCUGUCCUUCUUGGGAAUGAGUUUGUGUCUUGCUCUCAUGUUCAUCUGCUCCUGGUAUUAUGCUAUUGUUGCCAUGGCCAUUGCUGGCUGCAUCUACAAAUACAUUGAAUACCGAGGGGCAGAGAAGGAGUGGGGUGACGGCAUUCGUGGCCUCUCUCUUAACGCAGCCCGAUAUGCCCUCAUUCGCCUAGAGGAUGCUGCACCACACACCAAGAACUGGAGGCCUCAACUGUUGGUGCUGCUGAAUCUGGACUCCGAUCAUGGAGUCAAACACCCUCGUCUACUGUCCCUCACCACACAGCUGAAGGCAGGGAAAGGCCUUACAAUUGUGGGGAAUGUUUUGGAGGGAACCUACCUCACUAAAGAGAUAGAGGCAAAGAAGGCAGAGCAGAACAUCAAGUCUGCCAUGACUGCCGAGCGCACCAAAGGAUUCUGCCAUGUUGUGGUGUCGUCAAACCUCAGAGAUGGCAUCUCUCACCUCAUUCAGUCUGCAGGGUUAGGGGGCAUGAAACACAACACAGUCUUGAUGGCCUGGCCUGGAACCUGGAAACAAUCUAACGACCCACAGUCUUGGAGAAGCUUCAUAGAGACAAUUCGUGAGACCACCGCAGCUCACCAGGCUUUACUUGUGGCUAAGAAUGUGGACAGUUUCCCCACGAACCAGGAUCGCCUUGGGGAGGGAACAAUUGAUGUGUGGUGGGUGGUUCAUGAUGGAGGCAUGUUGAUGCUGCUGCCUUUUCUGCUGCGACAGCACAAGGUGUGGCGGAAAUGUAAGAUGCGUAUCUUCACUGUUGCCCAGAUGGACGAUAACAGCAUCCAAAUGAAAAAAGAUCUCCAGAUGUUUCUUUAUCAUCUACGACUGGAUGCUGAGGUGGAAGUAGUGGAGAUGCAUGACAAUGACAUUUCAGCCUUCACCUAUGAGAAGACACUAGUGAUGGAGCAGAGGUCUCAAAUGCUGAAACAGAUGCAACUUUCCAGGACUGAGAGGGAGAGAGAGAUUCAGAGUAUCACUGAUGAAUCACGUAGCUCAAUCCGGAGGAAGAACCCGGGCGCUACAGAGACCUCCAACCUCAGCCGGCAGUCCUCACCGAUGGAGGAUACACAGGAGGAUGAGGCCCAGCUCAUCCAUGACAGGAACACAGCUUCUCAUGCCACAAUAAACGACAAGGCCGAUGCUGAGCCCGAACGGGUGCAUAUGACCUGGACAAAGGAGAAGCUCUUCACAGAGCGAAACCGAAACCGCGAGUGCAACACCAGUGUUGCAGUACGCGACCUGUUCAACAUGAAACCAGAGUGGGAGAGUCUGAACCAGUCAAAUGUUCGGCGUAUGCACACAGCUGUCAAAAUGAAUGAGGUGGUGGUCAACAAGUCCCAAGGAGCUCACCUGGUUUUACUCAACAUGCCCGGACCACCAAAGAACAGAGGAGGGGAUGAAAACUACAUGGAGUUUCUGGAGGUCCUCCUUGAGGGUCUCAACCGUGUCCUCCUGGUGAGAGGCGGUGGCCGUGAAGUCAUCACCAUCUAUUCCUAA